AUGAUUGGUACUAUUUUUGCAACAAUACGUCACCUUGGUUCUGAUGUAUUGGAAAAGCAAAUAAUCAUUAGUGCUACAGCUCUUCUUAGCACAAAUAUUAAUACAAAGGCUAUGACGAUCGAGAAACACACUCAUGCAGAAGCUUUGGUCAGGGAAACAGUAUCAACAUUAUCAGACAGCUCUCACAAGAAAUCCACGAGUAAGAAGCAGACAGCCUUUCGUCCCUAUAAGGACAAACAUGAGAAGAAAACUCUGUCGGAAAUGUUUGAUGAGAGGUACCAAGGCACUUACUGCUCUCUAUAUUCAAGAGUCCUCUCAAAACUGGACACGCUAGAGAAGAAAGGCAAUACUGAAAUACAGCUUUACAGAGAGCUUGAAAGGGGAUGCAAAAUACUUCCUGAAUAUAGGACUAUUGAGAAAUUUGCUAGCAUUUGCUCAGAAUACAACAAAGUACAAAACAAGUCGGACCAAGCUGAGAAACACGAUUCUCAUAAAGUUGUGUCUCCUAAACCUGCCAAAAAAACUAUUGAGGCCAUUGAAAAGAUUAAAAAAGAUAGAGAGUUUGAAGAGAGAUCCAUAGAAAAACAUAUAAAACAAUUUAGUGAAGAAUUUCACCUGCAAGAUAGUCCUGACAAAGCCUCUAGUACUAAUAGUAGCCAGCUUCAGUCAAUACUGGAAGGACAAGAACUUGGAAGGACUUGGAAAACCGAUUCAACUCUUGUUACAGGCUAG